AUGAGCGAAAAAUUAAAAGAACUUAGAGAAAGAUCUCAGAAACGUAAGAAAUUACUAGCACAAGCGUUGGGGGUCUCUAGUGUAAGUGAAUUGAGGCACGCUUUAGGUACAACCUUGGAUGUACUGCCUAAGAAAAAAGCAGUGACUGAUUAUUCUCCAGAGGGUAGUGACAAACCUGUUCCAAAGGAACCUGACAGUCUUGUCUAUACCGAUUCUUCUACAUUCUUGAAGGGCACACAGUCAUCUAAUCCACAUAAUGACUACUGUCAACACUUUGUUGAUACGGGUCAAAGACCCCAGAACUUUAUCAGGGAUGUGGGCCUUGCUGACCGGUUUGAAGAGUAUCCAAAGCUUCGAGAACUGAUCAAGCUUAAGGAUGAUCUAAUAGCACGUACUGCUACACCACCCAUGUAUUUACGAUGCGAUCUCAAGACAUUCGAUCUGAAGCAGAUGGGCAGCAAGUUCGACGUGCUGCUUGUGGAGCCACCGCUGGGUUCUGGUUGGCGGUGGCAGGACGUACUCGCUUUAGACUUGCAGCAGAUCGCACAACCGCGCUGUUUCAUAUUCCUCUGGUGUGGCAGUUCCGAAGGUUUGGACAUGGGCAGAGAAUGCUUAAAGAAAUGGGGUUUUCGGCGAUGCGAGGAUAUCUGCUGGAUAAAGACAAAUAUAAAGAACCCUGGGCACUCGAAGAAUUUAGAACACAAUGCAGUGUUCCAAAGAACUAAGGAGCAUUGCCUCAUGGGUAUCAAAGGGACGGUUAGGAGAUCCGUUGAUGGGGACUUCAUUCAUGCAAACGUUGAUAUAGAUCUAAUAAUAUCCGAGGAUCCUGAAUUUGGAAGUACAGAAAAACCUAUUGAAAUUUUUCACAUCAUGGAGCACUUCUGCUUGGGGCGAAGAAGGGUUCAUCUAUUCGGUCGUGAUUCGACGAUCCGGCCGGGCUGGGUGACUCUCGGGCACGAGCUCACGAAUUCGAACUUCAACGCGGAGCUAUACGCUUCGUAUUUCACAGAUGGACGCGAAAGUACGGGUUGCACUGAACGCAUUGAGGCACUUCGUCCCAAAAGCCCGCCGGCCACUGCUAACAAACCGCGUGCGAGAGCCAGGAAUGCCUUCCGAGCUAGACCGCGACCCCGCACUAAUAUGUAA